AACAUCACACUGACCCACUGACACGUCCGUAUAAGACAUGUGGAUUCAGUCAGGUGUCAACGGACUUGGCUUCUACCAAAUGGAAAUACAUUAAUAUCGAUUAUUUUCCACGCAAACUUGCAUGUCUGGGAAAGCGUUUAUUUUCCGAAAUUAAUCAAUAGUUUUCCCUCAACAAGAACUAGGUUUAAACGGACGGACGGCAGUACAGAACUGGAAGCGUCAAGUGCCGCACUUGAAGAAACAUUUCUUGGGUUCCAAAUCUCAUUUAUGGAUGUGAAGGAAGCUUAACAGAAGACUACCUUAGGUGCUGAUGACGAUGGAUAUGAAGAACCAGAAUUUCCACAUCAGUGGAAACGGAAAAUUUUCCGCGUCGAUAUUUGAGCCAUCCCAUAGGAAAACAAGCGCGGAAAUCAUCAAUGAAGCCAGACACGCAAUAAAAGAGACACAUACACCUGCUGAAAACGUCCUGAUAAAUCCUGCAGUUCACCCUAUUCAAACAAAAAGGCCUUUUACACCGAGGGAAAAAGAAAGACAUCUUUUCGGUAAUAAAUCGAAAACUGCAAACAGACCGCCCAGCUCAUUCAGUCUACGUUAUCUCCAGAAUGAAUCGGACUUACCAACAAACAACUUGCAAGAAACUAAUAUGAUAUUAUCUCCGUCCAUGUUGGCAGCUUCAACAAGAUUAAGCGAAGAUGCCUCGUCCAGCAUCAGACAUAGGUCGAAUUCCGUUUCAGAAAUCAACGACGAUAAAAUCUUCAACAUCGGGCUCAAAGACUUGCCCAUGAGGAAAGUUAGACUUCCCUCUCUCGAAAGGCCACUUCCCAAGAGGAAGUUGUUCAAGAAGAACUCUUUGGACAAUCUGCUGGAAGAAACUGAAGAGGUAAAGGCGCCUCAGUUCCGAAACGCGUACAGCUCUCCGGAAGAAAAGACCGAAUAUAACCAAUCCAAGUUCAAGACACCCUUCGGGCGACCGUCUAAAAGACAGGACCUAUCCAAAUGCCUGCUUCUCGGUCCACAAAACCUGGAGAAGAUAUUCGACAACAGACAGAUAAUAGAACAUUCGACCACGCUUUUCGUGGAAAAAGGUUACUUUAAUAGGGAACUAAAGAGCAACGAAUCUAAAAAAUUACAAACCUCCAUUUCAGUAUUGGAAGCUGAAGACAAGACUGUGGACGAUAUCGUGGCAUGUUUGAACACUCAGUCUUGCGUGAAAGCCGAUGAAGAAACUGUAGUUAGGUUGCUUUCAGAGAUGUACGACUGCAUGGAGAAGCAGAAGAUGCUGGACGUAAAGGUCACUUCCAAAAUGAAGAUACACAUCUUGAAGUGUCUCUACAGAUUUGUCGAAUCUCCAAAUCCGGUGUUGCUUUUAGGUCUGGCCAGGAUCAUCCUUGCGCUCAAAGUUACUGGCAACAAUCUCAGCGGUGUGUGUAAAUUAUUGUUCAAAGUUGCCAAGAACGAUUGUAACGAUCAUCUCUUUCUAGAGAAGAAUAUCUUGGAACUACUUCUUGACGCUCUUGGUAGAUCUAGUCCUCUGGACGACUCAGAAGCCUGUGUUUAUGGUUAUGGGGCGGUGAAAUUCUUGUCCAUGAACAAUCAGCUCCAACAAAAGAUGAUUUCUUUGGGAACGUUGGAUCUCAUGGCCCUUCACAUGAAGAUCAUCAAUGUCGCUAAACUCGACAAAAUAGCUAUGACUGAGCAGACGAGACAUGCUUUGUUCCAACUCACAGCAGCACUAAGAAAUUUGGCCUCGGAAGACACAAUAUUCGAGAGAUUCAACUCAAGUGGUGCUACAUCUGAGCUGUGUGUCACUAUGGAAAUGUUUAGUGAAGACGCUGAUGUUAUCAGUAACAUCUCGAGAAUAUUGAGUAUAAUUUCAACGAAUGGAAGUUGCUGUGAUAAGAUAAUAGAGAAAAAAGAUGUAUAUAAAAUAUUCGUUCAAUUAUUCGAAAAGUACUCAGGAAGUGAAGAGAUUAUAGUGAGAUUGACUUACACCAUGGGAAAUAUUGUGGCGAAAGUAGAUAGUACAAGAGAGAAGUUCUUUCAUGAAUUUAAGUCAAUUGACACACUGCUGAAACUGUGGAAGAUUUAUUUGGAAAGAACCCUGAAGGUCUGCUCCAUGAAAACUGAUGAUGGGUCUGAAAGCGAGGAUGGUAAAUGUAGUGAAGAUGUCAUGAUCAAAGUGCUUCGAAUAACAGCUAAUAUUGUCAUAAAUCCAGAAAUAGGCAGAGAAGUGAACGAAAAAUAUGGAUUAAAAUUAAUCGAUGAGUUCCUGAAAGUUCUGAUUAGCAAUCCGUUCAAGAGAAAUCAGGAACUCGUUUUAGCAAUUUUGGGGACAUUGAACAAUCUUUCAUAUUACUACAUUACUGAAACUGAGCAGGAUAUAUUUCAUGUGAGACAAGUGGAUAUAAUCGAAGGCAUUUCUGAAUAUACAAAAUCGACCAAUAACGAGUAUGUAGUGGAAGCAAUGAGAAUAUUAGGGAAUCUAUCGAGAUCAAAAAUAACCAUAUCCUACGUUGUGAAAAAUGAUAUAUUCCAAACAUUGAUUAGCUUGCUUGAUCAUUACGAACAUCGAAUCCUGAAAACUACAAUGGGAGUGUUUGUCAAUUUAAUGGCAGACAAUAAAUCAAGAACUCUUUUUAAGAAAAGUGGAGGAGUUAAGAAAUUGAUCGCCAUUCUGGAGAAAUAUGGUCAAAACGAUUGGUUGAUGGGAACUUUGGUUUGUCAAGCCUUGUGGAAUUAUGCCAUUGACUCUAUAGAUCUAUAUGACUUAUUUACUGAGGAUGAAGUACAAAAACUACUAGUUUUGCUUGCAGAUUAUUUAGAUGAUGAAAAGCUUUUUGGCAUUAAGGAUGAUAUUGAAGAUUCUGAUAUCUAUGCUAGCCAAGAAUAUAUGAUAUGGGACGAAUUUGCAAAUGUUGCAACCAACUUGUUGGAAAAAAUUGAAUACUUUUUAGAUACAUUCGACCAAAUAGAUCUAGAGAGCAAGGAAGAAGUCAAAAAAAAAGAUAUCAGCACAAAUUUAUCUUUUGCCGCUUGGUAGUGAAUAGUUACUUAGAUUGUUAUUUAUAUUAUGAAAGAAGAAACUCUAUACCUGUUUUCAAAUUUUUUAUGGCAUCCUUAUAUAUUUUAGUGUUGAUAUUUGUGUAAAAUAUUUUUACAACAAAUAAACAGCAAUAAUAAAUAAA